AUGAUUCGCGUGGGCGAUCUGGAGCGCAGCAUCAAAUUCUACACGGAGGCCCUUGGCAUGCGACUGCUGCGCAAGUGGGACUGUCCAGCGGAUAAGUUCACGUUGGCUUUCCUUGGCUACGGCACGGAGAGCGAGACGGCAGUGCUGGAGCUCACGUACAACUAUGAUCAGACCGAAUACAAGCACGGUGAGGCUUACGGGCAUAUUGCCAUUGGCGUGGAGGAUGUGAAGGAGGAGGUCGAACGGUUGAAGAAAAUGAACGUGCCGAUUGACUACGAUAGCGGAGAUGGUUUUAUGGCGUUUAUCGUGGACCCUGAUGGGUACUACAUUGAGCUCCUCAACACGAAGCAAAUGGUGAAGCGGGCAGAGGAGCAUAUGAAGGAGCAAGGCACUUCCUGA